GGAACAAAUUCCGUUAGUUGCCAUUGCGAGUCGUCGUUGAGAACACAAAUUCUGUGAAAAGACGCCGAAAAAUAUUUGUUACUCUUUAAAAUAGUGUAAAUAAAUUGAUUUGGGCAGGCAAGAAAGAAGGUGUUAUAUAUAAAUAAAAAAAUGGCUUUUCAUUCGGUGGUGACCAUGGAGAAACCGCUGCAGCACAUCUCCUUGGCUGACUGGAACGCACGGGUGGCGCGCCUGCGAAAUGUGGCGGAUGCUCGCCGUUCGGAUGCCUUCGCAUUGAGACAUUCCGCCCGCACGCUCCGGAAUGAGACACGCAUCGAGGGCGACUGGGCGAACGUAGAAUCGAAUGAGGCGUUGGCCGAUCGCAUAACGGAGCUAAACAGCUGGCGUGAGAUCAUCUCGAAGACGUUCGAGCGCAUCGAGGAUGAGAUUAAAUUGCUGCUGGAUGAGAAGACGCUGACGGAGCGCGAGCUGGAUGCGCUCGCGGGACCCAUUGCGGUGGUUAGCGAAGUGCUCACAAUGCGGGACAGUCGCCUCGGCUCCGAGAUGACAUACGAUGAGGCUGACAGGGAGAUCAAGAAUGAGCUGGCCAUAUUGGAGAAUAAUCAGCAAUUAUUGGCUGAACGCUGCCAGAGGGCGUGGGAGAAACUGACACGACUCGAGGAGGUGCGCUAUAAGAUUGGCAUGGAGAUCGAGAACAAAGUGGAGGCUGUCGAUUUGGAUACUGUGCAACUGGCGCUGGAUCGCAAUUCAGCAACGUUAUCCUACAAGCCGGAUCCCUUGCGUAAUCCCAAAAACUGCUGCUCAUAUGAGGCGUGGCUGGGACAUGUGAAGAGCAUGAAAUUGCUGGCUGAGAACGAGCUGACCGACACCUCUGCCAUACGAGAGGCGCUCUUCGUGUGCCGCGAGAAGGCUCGCAACAUGCUGCAGGCGCAACAGGAGCGGGCUGAGUACACGAUACGAAAGCGCAUCUUUGAGACGCAGCGGGCACGCAAUGAGCUCGAGUGGCAGAAGCUGAAGAUGAAGGAGGAAAUGGAGAACGCUGUGUGCGAGAUCAAUGCGCUGGAGGAUGCGUUGCGUGACAAGUCGAGUUCGCUGAAACUGGCCGAGACGCGUCUGGAGAAUCGGGCGCAGCGUAGCGGCAUGGAACUCUGUCUGGAUCAUGCCCACGACACGCUCUGCACCGAGGUGGAGAAGUUGCGCGAAAUACGCCGUAGUCUUCGGGCCAAAAUCGAUGAUGCCAGGGCCAACUACAAUCUAUUAUCGGAUCAUGCGCAGAAGAUCGAUGUUGAUCUGGAGAACAAGCAACACUCCCUGAUGACCGAUAUCCGUGCGCUGGACUUACGGGUACGACUUCGGGCCGGCGAAUUUGGACUGAAGGUAACGAGUCCCAGUGGCCAGACGGAUCGCAAUAUUGUGCUCACCCACAUGGAGCAGGAGAUACCCAAGUCAUAGGAUAGAAUGUGUGCCGCUGGAUAAAUCACAAUUUGAUGUAUACACUUAAAAUUUGUCAAAAUUCUUGUGCUUUGAAAA